AUGACUGCCUCGAAGCCCGUCCGGGCCAUAGUAGCCUUCAGCCUCGCUGGAACCUUCGUCCUAUUGCACCUUCUUCACCUGGUUUCCCAUGGGAUCCGACUGACGAUCUCCGUGAUCAAGAAGCUGGUCGACGAAGCAGACGAGGUCUUGAUAGCCUGUCGGGUGCGCACCCGCGACGUGCGAAAGGAUCUCAGGGCGAUCAAGAAACUGCCCGCGCAUCUGGCAAUCAUCUGGAUCCCGAUCAACUACCAGCUUCAUCGUUUCUUCGCCAUCCCCCAUCUCUUCUCCUAUAUCGGCCUCAGUCGCUUAGAGAGAUUGAAACAUCAGCAAUCUCUCGAACUCGUUGCUAUGCGAGAAAACUUUGCUAAAACCCUCCUCUGGUCGAUGGAGGCUGGGAUCAAAGAAAUUACCUUCUACGACGAACGUGGACUGAUGAAGUCACACAAAACCGAGCUAAUAAACUAUCUCGCGACAUUGCCCACGUUUACGAGUGGAAACGAGCACAUAAUGUGGGCCUCGAUCGAGCCGAAGCUGACCGAAGAAGUGCAGAUCCAAUCGAAAUUCGAGAUCUCCUACCGUCCGAUCGCCAAGGCCCCCCCGUCCGCGAAGAAAGGAUUCAUGUCUGCGAACACCGCCUCGGCCGGCUCGCUCGGCUCGAACACGAUCACCAUCAACCUCAUCGACCGUCAUCAAGGCCACGAACACCUCGUCAAAGUCACCAAGGCGCUCGUCGAGAUCGUCGCUUUGAAUAAACAAACUAAACUCAACCUCGAUGACCUUAACGUCAAAAAUAUCGGCACUAAAAUCUGCUCUACUUCGAUCGGGUUGCCGGAUUUACUCCUCGUCUUGGGCGGAAGAUCGCUCCGAUUCAGAGGCUUUCCUCCCUGGCAACUCACCCUCACCGAGAUAUACCAUGCUAGGUCGUAUGGUAUCUUGCCUUAUAAAAUGAGAUACACCGAAUAUCUCGAAGCUUUGCAAGUCUUCGGAAACUGUCAACAGCGUGUUGGCACUUGA